UCCACCUUCGUUUGUUUCCGUAGAAUUUAUCAAAUUAGAAAAUGCAUUUCCGUAGAAUUUAAACAAAUGAAAUUCAGUUUAAACUUUAUAAAUAAAUAUAUUUUUGCAUUAUUCAUUAUUGUUUUUAAAAACAAAUCACAUACACCAAUCAGCACCACCAAUGACCACCACCACGCGUAAUCCAAAGUUGGAAUUAAUCACCGCGAUAUUGCCAUCGCCACCGCUACAACAGAAAAUAGUAUUAAUUGGCUUAAGAGACAUGGACUUUUAAAUACCCCAAAAAUAUGCCCCUCGUGUGGAGCUAGCAUGAUGGAAGUAGCCAAAAAGUUUUUUUUUUCUAAUUUGAUAAAUUCUACGGAAACAAACGAAGGUGGACGAGUGAUAGAGAGAUAGACAGACAGACAGACAGAUAGAUAGAUAGAUAGCUCCGGCCAGUCAGUAGCCAGUUGAAACAGAUUUCAACUCAAACCAGCAGUAACAUUCCUUGUUUAGAUUUUUCUACUUUCGCUUCUGACAGCUAAUACCAUGACAGUGCCCAUAUUUUACGAAUGAAAAAAAAACUAGAUCCCUUAGGCUUUACUAAUAAGACAAGACUGGAUCUAUAAUUUACAACUAUAAUAGAGAGAGAGAGAGGGAGUAAUUGAUCUCAGCUUUAUACAAAUACUAAGUGUUAACUUCAAAAAGCAUAAAGACAACGGAUAUAACCGGAAAUUACUACACGGAGUUCUAUGCAUGCGGAACUAUUUUAUUUGACCGCUUCCGGUUGCAAUUCAUUCUCACCACGUGUGUAUUAGAAAAUAUACGAAAAAGAGAAAAACAGCCGUCAAUUAUGCAGCACGAUGAGGUCAUUUGGAGUAUUAUCAACAAUACGUUCUGCUCUUUCAAGACAAAGACCCAGACACAAACACUUUGUAGAAAUGAAUUUAAUGUGACAGGAGUGUGUGGUAGGAAUGCCUGUCCCUUAGCCAAUAGCCAAUAUGCUACAGUCAGGGAAGAGAAAGAUGAAACCAUUGCAACAACACCACCAACAAUAAAGUCAGUAGCAACAACUGCAUGUGACCAUGACAGCAACUGCAACAAUCUUCCAUAUGGAUGUGGGUUGGACAGCAACAGUAUCAACAACAGCAGCAGUUCCAACAAACACAGUAAAAGAAACAUUGUUUCUGUACCCACUAAACAGCACAGCAACAGAACAAAAGACAGUGACUUCCAAACAUGUUCCUUCUCAUUUGGGGCCACUCAUAAAUUAUUAGGCAAAGCCAUAACAGAGGAAUUUAAGACUGGAAGUCCAUGGGAACUAUUAUAUGUUGAUAAUUUUGCUCUCAUAAAAUCUGUAACAGAACUAGUAAAGAAAUUCUAUAUAGAAGUGUUUAUCUUGGUUGUGAAAGAAAUGGCGUCAGCAAGUAGCGAUUCCGAUUUUGAAGGAUUUACAAUUGAUGAUAUUGAAAAUAUUAAUGAAAACAAAAGUAUUUUGUGUUCGGAUGAAUCUGAUAUCAAUAUCAGUGAUUUUUCGUCGGACAAGGAAGAGUUUAAUAACGAAAGUGAAGAAAAUGAAAGUGAUGAAAAUGAUAGCGAACGAUCCACUAUGGCAGCCAACAACUACUGCGGAAAUGAGAGCAUUUUUCACAAUCAACAUUAUGUUUGGUGUGAAAGAGCUUCCUCGACUGUGGAACUAUUAAAGUCCCGAUGUUCCCACUUGAUGAGAGGUCAUACAGAAGAUGAAUUCAAGGUUUCAAAUAUCAAUUUUGAUCCAGAAUUUCAAGAAAUAGACAAAUUAAUUGAUUUAUUUUCUCUCUUUUUACCUCUUCCUUUGAAGUGUGACAUACAUUACAGGUAUUAUCGUCGGAAGUGUCGCUUGAGAUUGAUAAGAAUUAGGCAGUAUUUGGCCAGAAUGAGAAAACUUGUUUUGCGUAACAGGCGAAAGUUGGUUCCUUUGCAGAGAAAUAUUGAACGUCGAGAGAAAAGACGAGAGGAGAAAGCAUUGGUUGCUGCCCAACUUGACAAUGCCAUAGAGAAACAGUUAUUGGAAAGACUCAAAUCUGGUGCUUAUAAUGAAGUGUACAACUUCCCAAUGAAAGCAUUUACCAAGGUGUUAGAUGGAGAAGAGAUAGAAGAGGAGGAGGAGGUGGAUGAAGAAGAAGAAGAAGAGAGAGACAGUGAAGAAGAAGGAAACCGAGGGCAGAUUGCAGAGGAGGUGGAAGAAGAGAUGGAGAAAGUGAAACACGAGAAGAGUACAUCAGGUUAUGUGGAAUAUGUUCCUUAUGAUGAAUUUGAAGAAAGUGAUAUUGAAGAUCUUGAGGAUCUCCGGUUAAGUGAUUACAACUCAAGCAGUGAUGAAGGGGAUCUUGUUGCAAAUGACAACAAUGUGAUGGGAUUCUCAUUAGCAACAAAAGACAAGAAACACAAGCAAGCAACAACAGAAGACCAUUCUGCAUCAAAGAAGAAGAAAAUGUCAAAGAGACAACCAAAAGUGAUGAUUGAAUAUGAAACAGAGCUUGAACAACCUUCAACUUCCAAAGAGAAACUGAAGUAUUGAGGGGUGUAUUAGAGAGGGGGUGGACUACAGGAGUUGGAUUUGGACAGUCUGUAUUUUUGAUGAGAGUUCUGUAUGUGUGUUUUGUAUGUAUGUAUGUGUUACGCUUCUACCUCAAGAGUAUCAGUGAGGUGUGUGGGAGAUGAUUUACUGGAUUAUUUUCAUGUAGGAGUGGGGAAGAAUGAGUGAAAUAAAGUGUGUUAAUGUGGUGGGCAUAGUUGGAGUGGAGUGUGUAAAUGGGGAGGGGAGAUAAGGCUGAAUGGUGUGAAUGAGAGGAGUUUAAGGGUUGAUGCUGAGGUGAGGCAAAGUAUGAUGUGUAGUUUAAAUGAAAAAUAAAACUUGACUCUUUA